AUGACAGUAUUAUCAUCAGACGAAAUCAAUCUAGACCAAUUGUCAUCACAAUACAAGAAAAUAAUAUUGAAAUGUCCAUUUCCCAAUUGUAACACUAAAAUUAUUCAAUAUUCAUCAACAAAAUUGAAAUCACAAGAUAUAGAAAAUGCACCAAAAUGUAUUGGAAUUCAAAACUAUCCACAAAUAAAAGAACCAAAAUUAUCAACAUCCACUUCAAAAUUUUAUCAAAUAAAUGAUGUUUGGGAAUUCGAUAAUAUUGGAGUUAGUAGACCUACGGAAAUACAAAAAGAACCAAUACUAUUAAAAGUAGAUGGAGAAGAAGAAGAAGAAAUUCAAAUAAAUAUAGAAAGAUUACUUAUUUGUAGUGAAUGUGAUAGAGGUUCUUUAGGUUUUGCAGGAAUUGAAUAUGGUAAAGAUAAUGAUCAUAAAAAUUUAAAUUAUUUCUUGAGUCAAAAUAGUGUUUUAUAUGAAUAUGAAUAG